GCACAUGGAAUUGCGAAUCAGUUGCGCUUUUGCGCUGAAGCCAGCCGAGCUCACGGACGCGCGAGAACAGAGCAGCCGCCGCUCUCCAGUGCGCACGGGCUGAGGACUCUAUUCCGACACCCCACUGCAGAGCUCUCUUCUUUAUAAAUUGGCUUUUUAAUUCCGUUUCUUCAGGAAGACUGAUCUCUCCUUUACGCGAUGGAGAAGAUGUCUCGACCUCUUUCUAUAAACCCAACUUUCCUACCUCCGACCCACGGCGUCCUGAAAUCCCUGCUGGAGAACCCCAUGAAGCUGCCCUUCCACCACGACGAAGGUAAAGGGUUUGGGAAAGAGAAAGAGAAGGAGAAGAAGUUGGAAGAGGAUGGAAAUGCCAUCAACACUCCUCAGUCUGCCUUCUUGGGCCCGACCCUGUGGGACAAGACCCUGUCAUAUGAUGGCGACAACUUCCAGCUGGAGUAUAUGGAUUUAGAGGAGUUUCUGUUGGAGAACAAUAUUCCCGCCAACCCUGGGAGCGAGCAGAGCCAGCCUUCCCAGCAGCCCCUGCAGCAGCAGCCGCCGCAGCAGCCGCCCUCCGCCCCGCCCACGCCUUCGGUGGUGGAUCUCAGUAACCGGACAGCCACGUCCGUUCACUCCGGCAUCGGGGGCCAGAACUGCCUCCAGAGUCCCAGCAGAGCAGUUCUCCCUUCGCGUGACACACCCAGUCCCAUAGAUCCAGACUCCAUCCAGGUUCCGGUCAGGUACGAACCCGACCCCGCCGACCUCGCCCUCUCCAGCGUCCCGGGACAAGAAAUAUUCGACCCACGCAAGCGCAAAUUCUCAGCAGAGGAGCUGAAGCCACAGCCUAUGAUCAAGAAGGCGCGCAAGGUCUUCAUUCCAGAUGACCUGAAGGACGACAGAUACUGGGCACGGCGCAGAAAGAACAACUUCGCAGCCAAACGCUCCCGGGACGCUCGUCGGCUGAAAGAGAACCAGAUCGCCAUCCGCGCGGGAUUCCUGGAGAAAGAAAACACGGCGCUCAGACAGGAAGUGGCCGACCUGCGGAAGGAACUCGGCCGCUGUAAGAACAUUCUGGCCAAAUACGAGGCGCGACACGGCCCUCUGUGAGCCCCUCCCACCCCACACAAACCCCGCCCACCUCCACAAACGCCCCUCGCCCACCACCAACCCCAAGGGACUUCUGCGUGCCUCUUUAAGAGGCGACAAAUUCUCCUCUCCUUUUUUUCACGUUUCUCUUUUCACUUUUCUCUUUACAAACCCAGUUUGCAUUCUUUAGUUGAUUUUGUAUUUCAUGCGUGUGUUUUUCCUCUUGUGUAGUUUCACACAUUCACUUCUCUCGCUUUCCUUUCAUUUGUUCCAUACGUCCGUUUAUUCCUUCACCAACGAUGGAUCGUUUGUCUGGAAAUGGUUUUCUCUGGAGUGUUUUGUACACCUGUAACACAGACUUAUUUUCCUCGACGCUCCCCCUCCUGUCUGUCAAUCAACCGCUCGACCCCACCCCCUUUUCCCAGAGGCUCCACCCACUUCCUGUUGCCCGAGCUUCUUUUUGUGUAUAUUAAUGUAUUUUAGUUGAAUAGCUGUAACGCACCGACACCUUUCGUUCUGUGAAGUGUGUAAAACACUAGCUAGCAUCAGAACAUGAUGUUUGUUUUGUUCUUUUCCUGUUCUGUGUGUUUUGUCUGUUUUAUUUGACCAUUUCUUUUAAACCAACACCAGCGUAGUUUUUGGCGUCUUUCCCACAUUGUCCAUGGAGCAAUAAGCCUGAAUCUCUUCAGAGGGCAAAACACAUGAAAUGUAAGCUAGCCUGUACCAUAGCGCCAUCAUUUCCGCUGAAGUGCGGAAACUUUCCCUUCGAAACUUUCCCUCCAAAAAUGCUUUCUGUCUCGCUCUAACUCCCUGCACUAAUGCGUGUUUCACAAUCUGAUCUGGUGCAAUGUUUCUACCUACACUAUAAUCUGCCUGAUAUAUUUAUGGACUUUUGUUGUUUUUGUUUUUUUGAAUGGAAUAAUUUUUUUUCAAAAAUAUUCAGUUGUUAAUUACUACUAUUGUUGUAGCUGUUCUUAUUGUUAUGGCUGUAUAGUAAUUUUUCCUGAUUGUUUAAUGUUUCAUUGGAUAUUUCAGCAUGACUUUUGUUUCAGAGCUGCGGCCUGAAUCUAAUUGUAAAUGGGUCUUUUUAUUUUCUUUUUUUCCCUUCUUUUUUAGGAUAGAUGAUUAUUCUAUCCUGUCUUUUUAUUUUUAUUUGUUUUUGUUUUUUUACCCAGAGCAUGCAUUAGAAUAUUUGUCUGCACUAGCAGAUAUUUGUAGUGAUUUAUUUUCUUUCUUUUAGUUUCGUAGCUUCGCGUUUCUGUCGGGUGUAUGACUGUAAUGAAUGUGUUUUAAGAGGUUUUGAGGCGUUCGUUGAGCAGGACGGUGUUGUCUCAAAUACUGUGGUUGAAAUCAGUUUGUUUACUGCAGACCAAAAGAUACAGCACACAGAUUUAUUGAUAAAACAGAGUUGAUAUAUAUAUAUAUAUAUAUAUAUAUAUAUAUAUAUAUAUAUAUGAAAUCUAUUCUAAGUUGCUUUUUUGUACAGUAUUUUUCCUAUAUAAUACCGUCUGAAUAUUUUCAAGGCACAACAAAACCAGAAAUAUAUGAUAGCUUACAUAUAUAUCUAUUAUUCAGAGCUAAGUGACAUAGUGUUUUGAUAUAUUAUAAAGAAUAUAACUGGGAGUUAAUGCGAAACCCGCCAUCAUUUCCUCUAUUUUGGGCAUUAAAAACCUUCUGCACCCUCAUAUUCAAAUAGCCUUUAGUAUUCUGUCUCAGGGAACGCUAGCAGCCGGACCUCGAACCAUAACUCCUGAUAAAAAUGAAAUAUAUAACUUAUAUUUAUAGCUGUGUUCUGUACAUCAGUAGUUUUUUUCCUAUCGAGAGGAGCUGCAAUUCCUCAGUCUUAUCUCACACUCUUAAUGCUGUGUUUCAUUACAGAGCAUUUUACAGUAUUGCUAUUGGUUCUUUGAAUGGAAAUCUAAAGGCUAUGCUUUUUUGGUCUCUAUAAUGGAGUCGGCAGAGUGUUGAUAUUGAAUGUUAAGUGCGGCGGCUCUGAGAGAUUUCGCUUGGUUGAAUGUUAGAAAAGUCUUGCUGUCGAAGGGGUUUGAGUGCAAUGUUUCGUAAGAGUUUCUGAGAUCAGUUUUUAUUCUGUUUAUUCUAUUAGAAGUUACAGGGUUUAAAUCCAGAACUUCUGAUCAAAGGUCAGAAGUUGGGUUUGAUGCGCUGGUUACCUUUUUAAAGUCCUCGUCUGCCCCAGUUCAGGCCAAAGUUGAGAGGUGCACAGAUUUGUAUUAUCGACGAUUGAUGGGGCAGGAAUGUUUCAUUUAAUUUCCCUUGAUUUUAUUCCUUGUGUCUGUUUGUUUGUUGCAUAAAUGCAGAUGUGAGAUGCGUGUAUAAAGCCUUGUGUAGACUGUUUCUAUCUGUGCAAAACUGAAAUAAAUCGAGGAUUAAGCCAAACCCCUUCUCGUGAAUAAUGACCCCCGGAAAUACCUCCCUGAGGGCGUGAGGACAGCCCAACCCAGUUUUCAGCCUUUCACCAAUCUGUUUCCUCUCCUUGUUAGACAAGAAAGUAAUCUCAGGUUAAAUAGGUUUGACUCCUAGGCCACCAUUUAUGGUUCCUUCAUGUGCUAUCAAAAUUACCGUAAAUAUAAGCAAAUUGGACUGCGUAUCAGGUUGUAUUCAUGAUUGAAUCAUUUUAAACAUGGCGGAGGAAAAAAGUAAUGGUUGGAACAUUAACGAGAUUUCGCACGCGCGAAAUAUCCAUUUUCAAUUGUCAAGUAACAUACAGGCUAAAGCAUUGCUCACACAGAAAUCAUAGCAUACAUGUAGCCUAACCAACUAGUAAAUAAACGUUUUCGCUAUCACGAAUGACUGGAUUUCGCCCGCGAAUUUACGCUGAAAAAAGUAAUUAAAUAUGGCCGCAUUCCUUACCUCCAUAUUGACGUAUAACAAAUUGGUGUGUAUUAUGUAUUUUACACAGCGAAAGCAUCAUAUUUCUCUUAAAUUUAAGAACAAAGUAGCAAUCUUAUAAUCUCGAUAUUGAGGAUUGUAAACAAACCAGAUUUUAUUCAUAAUAUGUUGGGUAUUUUUAAAAUAUCGAAUACAUUUAGGCUUUUACAAGAUUUUCUUAAGCAGUACACCAUAAUAAUCAAUUUCUUUCGACAUAAAAGCAGCUGAACUCGAUUAAUUAGUUUUUACCCAACUUCAGAAAUAAGACAUUUACAAUAGCACGUGAAAGCAGCGUCAGACCAGAUACAUCUCGAGCUGGGGUGCGUUUCCCAAAAGCAUAUAGUUGCUAACCUGUUAGCAACUUGGUUGGCAAUGGGUAAUUGUAUUGCAACAAACAAAGUUGCUAACUUAGUUAGCAACUAUGCUUUUGGGAAACUCACCCCAGGACAGUUUGAUUAGCCCACAUAGCAAAUCAUCUUACUUUAAAGGCCAUAUGCAUCAUCUUAUAAAUUCAUUUUUGGCAGUAGUCUAUUCCCUGUUUUCUGGGACACAGCAGUGAGAUUUUGUGAAUUGACUUUCUUUGGUAAAACUCACUACCUCAGUCGUUGAAAGGAACCUAUAACAAUAUUGAACCUGUUUAGUCCAGUGCCUUGAAUUACCACACACGAUUCCAGACACAUUUUAAAGCUUAUAUUACUUGGACCGGAUCGGACCCGCGUGGAAAGGGCUCGCGCGCUGCUCCAAUCAGACUGACCCCAAAAUCCACCCCUUAUUCGACACAAACUCAGACGGUUCAUCUCGAAUAGAAAUAAAACCGCCGUAUUGAAGGCAACACCUGCAGACAGUCUAUGAGAGAGACUGGAGAUGUUUGAGCUUGUGUGUCACGCGAAUGAAGCAGAAUGCUGCCACCUUUUGACUCCUUGUUUCUCUGUACAUUUAGUGUCCAAUAAAGACUUCAGUUUUUCUCUCAAA